CUUCCAGGGUAUAAAUCAGAAAGGAGCUUUAUUCAAGCACAUUUCAAGAUCGCUUCGCUGGGAUCCAGAGAUGGCGUCUAAAUUGAUCCUAGGAUGCUUAGCGCUCAUGGUAGCAUCAACUUAUGCUAGAUCAACAUACAAAAGAAACGCUAACCCGUGUCCCCCAGGAUGUCCCGGUAGCUGUGCGCCCGCUUGUGCGGUGUCCUGUUGUAUGCCUCCGCCACCAGCACCACCACCGCCACCACCCCCACCCCCACCACCACCAGAGCCAGCUAAGCCAGGACCCCCAGGACCUUCAGGAAGAAUGGGACCUCCCGGACCAGUUGGACCUAUCGGACCCAUGGGAGAGGCCGGACCUCCAGGACCACCCGGACCCCAGGGACCCCCAGGACCACCCGGAGAACCUGCUCCUCCACCACCACCACCCCCUCCGUGUCCUCCAGUGUGCGCCCAUACUUGUGUCUCAUCCUGCCCGACCUCGUGUUGCUCUGGCAGAAAGUAAGCGACCACGUGGUGAUGCAACGUCAUUGGCACGAGAAUUAGUAAUAACUUCUAAGUUUAGCGUUCGUACAGUACUUUUUCAGUGGAUUUUUUUUGUUGUAUUUGCUUUGUACAAAUGAAAUAGAAGGCAGAGAGAGGACGAAUUGCUGAAAGUUCAUUCGUAGGUGUGUGUAAGCACGAGGAACAUUCAAAUAAAAAAAUAUUUACUUUGUUUGAUUAAAACUUUGUCUGCUUUUCA